AUGUCGGUAUGGAAAGAUGAAACGACCUUGACCACCACCGAUGAACUCCAUGGCCACCUCCCAGGAGGACCGUCUAAGUAUCAUAAUCCCGAUUUGAAGCAUGUCGAGGAGGAGGUGCUUCAACAUUACAAAGUCUUUUCGCGCUUUUGCAAUUACGAGUGCUUGGAAGAUCCACACGGCGGCAAGCGAUUCUGGGAGCUCGACGACAUGAUGAUCUUUGAUCUCAUGGGAUGCACGAACCGGCCGGACUUUCGCGCCCACUAUGAGAAGGUCACAUUGUAUCUCAAAGAUGCGCACGUUGCGUUCAAGGAUUUGGAGAUCGUCGCCGUGAGCGAGACUUUCGCGUACGCGACUGCGCUCGAAAGAUAUUGGGGCAAGGCAGAGGACGGCAACGAUUUUGAUCUGCACUUUCGCAUUACAAGUUUGAUGCAAAAGACAAGCAAUGGCUGGCAAUAUAUCCACGAGCAUUACUCGUUUCCAGUGGACAUGGCGACAAAGCUGGCCGACUUCUCUUCGGGGAUCGCUGUCAACGAUAGCCUCGCGCUGAAGAAAUGA